GAUUUAAGAAAGGGAAGGCUUGCCUUUAAAAUAUUUAUAUAUAUAUAUAUAUAAUUUCUUGAGGAUGUUACUUGGGUGUUAGUGUUUGGACAAGGCAUUCUUAGAUUUUCAAAAAGGGUGGUUGGAUAGGAGAAAGCAAAAGGUUGUGAAUAAUAGAGUUCAAUCAACCUUAUUUCUAGUGGAGAGCCUCAGAGUUUGAAGCUAUCUCCUAAUACUGCUGAAAAUAUAAACGUAAAAUGAUUGAAGCAAAUGCCACUUUAAAUAUUCCAAAAGGAAGGCCAAAAUCAGGACGUGUAUGGAAAAGUGAAAAGAAAUGUUUCUCAACUCUGAAGUAUGACAAAGCUGUAAAAAUAUCCUGGAAAGAGAAAAUGAAAAAACGUGUUGAGCAGAAAACAUUAAAAUUGUAUGAGGAAGAACUUAAAGCUGCCAAAAGGAAAGAAAUUGAGGAAAAGAAACAAAGACGAGAAGAACAUCGUAAAAGAAGAGAAGAAAACCAGAGAAAGGCUGAAAUAGUGCAAGUGAUCAGAAAUUCUGCAAAAAUUAAAAGAAUGUCCAAAAAGCAACUGAAACACAUCAGGAAGCAAGACACAAAUCCUUCUUGAGAAAUAUAGUUCUUUUAUUUCAAUUUGUACAGGUGCAGUAUUGAAUUAAACGUUUUUGCAUAGUCCUUUGUAUCUAUAUAUAUCAAAAUGUUUUUAUUCAAACAUUCUUCAAGCUCGAUGUUAGAAGGUAUUACAGGAUUGAGUAGCCCAAACAAGUAAGAUAUGUUACCAUCGUUUUGUUAAUUAAGUUUAAUCUUUAUCUUGGGGAAAGUUUGUUCUGCUGGUGCUUCAUUUUAUUAAAGAUUUCAGGUUUUUUUUUGCCUCACAAUAUGGGUACAUAAAAUAUACUGUAAUGAAAGCUAGAGGUGUUAAUUUAUUAUUUGGUGCAAAAGAUUUCAAGGGAAUGAAAAACUUUUUAAAAUUAGAUUUAAUGAAUAUUUAAUAGGACAACACCCAAAAUAUUGCUUGUGAUAAGACAUCUGAGGAAGUUAAUUUUGUUUUUUAUGCACUCUUUAGUACUUCAGGACAACUUCAACAAAAAUAUGGUUAAAAACCACAGACUUACUAAUCUGUCUCGUUCUACUGUCAUUGGAAAUUGCUGUAUUCACUGACUUAGGCCUCACUGGAUUAAUUUAUUUAGGUCAUCAAAAUUGUUGCUAUUCAAUAUAAUAAUUGUAUCUUAAGAAAAAACAGAUGAAAGGUAUGAUUCUUAUAUAUUAAACUAAUAUUCUCAUCAUAGAAGCAGAUGUUUUAAAAUUAUUAAGAAGUUUACAUUAAAUAGUGUUAAUAGCUCAGUGAGUUUUUAUAUUAAGAUAAGAACAAGAUUACAGUCAGAAGAGGUUUGUAGGCUCUGUCGAAUGUGGCCUAGUGGUUAACGGUUUAGUCCUGCCAAUGUUCAAAUCUCGUUAUUUGGUUAAAACAGACCAAGAUUUAGCAGUGUUCAUUAACUAUCUUCUCUCCAGUUUUUUGAUAAAAAAAAAUUAGAGAUGGCUAACUCGGAUAGCACUUAUGUUGCUUUGCACAGUACCCAAAACAUUAACCACUUAUGUUGAUUCUGAACGUAGCUAGAUCUCUAUUUGAACAUUUUUUCUUUCAAUCAAAAUAAAAAUUGUGUAAAAAACUUAAGUUUCACUGAGUUUUGAAUUAUCCCUACUGUUAAUUACGUGUUUAACCAUAUUUCAUGCACAGGGUUUUUGUGCUGUUGAAUGAAAAUAAGGAUGAGAAAAAAUAUAAACACAAAUGAUUUUUAAAGUUUAUCUUUUUCCACUAUUUUUUUGUGUUAGUUCAUCAACAGACUUGAAAAACUGGUACACAGUAAAGCACUCUUGAUUCACAAUAUAAUUUAACAAAACAUAGUCGUAUUCUUUAUACACUUACAUUAGUGCAUUAAAGCAAAAAAUGUGUUCACUCUACAGAAGCUAAUCUGAUGUAAUAUCUUACUUUUUCUUGCCAUGUACACCUAAUGGGAAAACGUCCACUUUCUAAAAGUGCCCGGGUUUAUUGGGAUUUUUCAGAAUUUAGGUACAGUUACAUGACCGAGAUGUAUUAUUAACUUGAGUUCCCAACUGUAUUUAAGGAUUGAAACAUAAAAUAAAGGGAUAGAAUUAAUGAAAAUAAUAAGUAAUUACUACAGCAUUUUGACGCGUAUCCAUGUUAUUAUAUCUCGUCACUGAACUCACUCUUUCAUUCAAUUAAAAAAGAAAGAGGGGUGGGUGUGGAUGGCAUUAAUUUGGGAAAUGCUGGUUUAUGGUACUUAAACUUAAUUGAUAGGAUGACAUUAUGAUAAUUUCUAUUUUUGUAUGCAACGUAAUAUGGAUGUGAAUUUAACUUACACUAUUAGGUUUUAUGUCCUCCGACUGAUGUUUAUCUAAAUAAAAAUCGGUGAUUCCAGAAUUAUUUCAGUUGUCCGUUACUAUUUAUGUCUUACUUAAAACAUGGUUGAGAUCAUAGAGGAGCGGAUGCAUUAAAAGUCAACUGUUUUCAGACAAGCAUUGUUAAAUUUAAUGCAAAAAAUUGCAUGUAAUUUUAUGUUUUACAAGUAAAACACUGUUUGUUACUUUACUUUCUCAUUGAACUAAUUUAGUGCAAGAUCUUUUUAUUAAGAUAUUUGUAUAAUAAUAAAAAUCAGAUCAGAGCAAACUACUACCUAAUAAUGGUUUGAAAUGUAUAUUUGUGUCAGUGUAAAUUACUUGUACCUGAUGAUGUCGAAACGUUGUACAUUUGCUGUUGUAUUAAAGUUUUUCUUCAUUACCGAUUCAAGCCAUUUGCAACCAGUAUUAGUCUCAAAGUGGGUUGCUCGUCAUCAAAUUUGAAACUACUACCUAUUUAGAUCAAAAAUAAAAAUCAACCCUUUGAUGAGUAUAACUAGUUAAAUAUGCUGCUCUUACUCAUAAGACUUAUCAUUGUUUCUUCAUUUGGGGACCCUCACUGUUGGAGUUUUAAGGCACAUAUUACAUUUUGUUAACACUUACGUAAUUCUUUAUGAUAAUGGCAAACCUUGUUAUUACAUCUCAGAUGCUGCUACAUCCGCAUUUCCAUCACUCUUCUAUUUAACGUCUGUAUAAGAGCUCAAACUACUUUUGUCAAGAGAGAAGAAUUUAAAUCAAAAUGCUUUUGAAAAUUAAACUUUAAGCCUAAUUUUUUUUGGACGUCAAAUGGAAUCUAGGUUUGCUUUUCAUUAUAUUGACCAAACAAAGUAUUACUUAUAAGAAUGAGAUUUAUACAAUACAUAAAAAAAACUAUUACACAAACACUCCUUUUAGUUAGCACAGCCCUCUGUCAUUUGAUUAUGUUUUUAUUUUUUUUUCAAUUACUUGUGUGAAACUAUACUUUGGGGUUUAUUGAUUAAGGUAA